UAGGGACAAAGUACAGGAAAAGGAGCAUGGUCUGAGAUAGAAUGCCCGUCGGUGAACAGUUGUUGCGAAAGAAUCGAGCACUAGCCAUCUCUCCGUCAAUGCCAAGACUAUCUAGUCGACGUUGAGCUGGAGAAGAAGUGUCGUGGUCUCGUCCUUGCAAGCUCAGCCGCUCGCUCGUGUAGCAACGCCGGAAUGUCGACGUGUUCCAAGAUCGGAUGCACCGGUAGUUGUUGAUUUUUCUCGACACUAGACAGUAGGUUGUUUGUGGACGGACUCAUUCCUUGCUGAAGAUAGUCAAAGAAAUGGCCGUUUGUCACCACGAAUACUCUCUGCAGCAGCACCCUGAGCAGUGUAAUGGAGGUAGGCCAACAAACGGUGCGAUACGUGCGGGGGACUAUUCUGCCCUAUCGCAAACGGACGGCGCAUGCAGCGUGUCGUCGCACGGAGAGAUGUACGACAGUGGGUCGGAUGAACCUCGCUCAUCGUCUGUUUCCAACACGCACAGUCGUCACCCUCUGUGUCAGGUCGGUGACCCAGUCAGCCCAGCGUCGUUCGGCAUGGCCUCUCAAGGCCUACGUGCAGCCAACUACAACUCUAGUUUCUGUCUGGCCAGUGCGGCUGCGUUCAUAUUCCCACCUUGCUUAUGGCUAUCCGCUGUGUGGUCUAGAAUGGAUAUUUACACCAUGAAAUUCACGUUCGGAUUUCGACUGGCCAUGAUGGCGUGGCCGAUGAUUUUCUUCGCAGCGUUGCUGACCAGGAGUGCAUCGGAGCAGGUGGACGGCAGCGCCUCGGCCGGCAAGGCGUCUCAACAGCAAUCUCCUGCGGCGCCGGAGUCUGUCAUCCAUUUGGCUGAGGUCCUGUUUCCGGCCUACUAUUACGUGCUGGUGUCCAUCGUGUUCAUCAUGUUUUACGGGCUGCGCAAUGCCGACAGCCCGCUGGCCAGGCGCCGACGGCCGUUGAGUAUCUGGCGUGUGCACGGCUCGACACCGGUGAGUUCUGACGACCCGAACCUGGUGGAGGCGACGUGCGUAACUUGGAGGCCGGACGACUGGGACACGUUUCGAAAGCACGUUCUCCCGCCGCCGGAUCAGUGUCCGAUCGUGCUGAAGCGCAUUGUCUGCGUAGUGCCCAAUUCCAAGGAGUUAACGUACCAGGCGGGAAGCUCCAAGCAGCACGAGAUCAGCGAAUACCGGGAGAGAGUACGGUCACAUUUUGUCAACAUGUGGAUGCGGAAGGCCCUGUUGAUCGGCCUACUACAAAGUCUGGUCUUUCCUCUCCAUCGCUGGUGGACUGGAGUGCCCUGCUUUGGCUACUACUGGUCAGAGACAUGUGCAAUAUGGCUGACCAUCAUCAGCUCCUACAUCCUUGUGUCGUACUUCUGGUUCAUAGCGCUGGAGUCGUACAGUGUGCUCUGCAUGCAGUAUGACUGCGUGCGUAACUUCACCUACUUGAGCGGGGAAACGUGCGAGCAGAGCAUCUUUGACUUCUCCGUGCCGGCGGACGUCAGCCGCUGGCUUCGCCUGCGUGCUCUGCUAUACGAGUACAACCAUGCUCGCCUGAAGCGGAUUACUGGAAAGCUGAGUAUCAUUGUUGUUGCCACAGCUGGCAUGGCCGGUGUACCACUGUACGAAGUCUUUUUCAGUCAGCGCACCGUUGUGGAUGUGGCGUUGGUGCAUCUCAUCGUGGACCUGGGUCUGUUUGGCCUGUACAUUGUCACCAUAUUUGUUCUUUCACUGGAGCAGCAGAGUUACUUCGUACAACAUGCGGCGCUGCUGAGCAUGCGUAAGCUUGAGCUGUCACUCUCCUCUGUUAGUGAACAGCGGGCCUGUGCCCUAGAGCAGUCGAGACAACUGAUCGAUGAGGUCGUCGUGCUCCUGCAGAAGUUCCAGCGCUUUCCUCGCUUGGUUGGCAUUCCGAUUUCUCGCCGCUACCUCGUGCUGGUGAUUUGCGUACUUGGCUACUCUAUGUUCAGUCUUUUCCGCUUGCUCACGGAGAGUAACCCAACUAAAUAACAAGAACUCUUCAGUACAUAAUGACUACACAUCUACCAGUAUGUUGACCGAGUGGCAUAGCUGUCUGAGUUGUCCUUGUCUGUUAGCUUGAGAUUGUCUUGAAUUCCGCAUCAUCAUGCUUAAAAAAUUAUAGCAAAAUAUUCCCACCCGCUUUUCAAGUCUUUUCCGUAUCAGAUUUUUAUUAUUCAGGUUGAAUUGAUAUUUGUUGAGCUCUUGUGAUAUAAUUUUGUUAUAU